ACGACGUGUUGCGACGGCCAGCGUGAACUGACGACACGCGCGAUCCAGAUCCGCUGCUGCAGCCUGUCUUCUUGGGACUCUGGACGAGCACAUGCAAUAGCCGCCAGCGCCCUCUGGUUGGUCGGUGCUUUGGCGCCGCGACCGGCAGCCCGACUUCACACGCUUCAUCUCCUGUGCGUGCAGACACCCGACAACGAAUGCGUCCACGACUCUCCACCCGCCGCUUCUAUCCAUAUCCAUCACCACCGCGCUCUCGAGUAACUGCGCUGGACUUUUCGUCGCCUCGCCCUCACGACUGGCUGUGCUGCCUCCGUCCGCGGAGCCACACCUCACACGACAUCCUCGCCGCACCAUUCUCCGACCCCAGUCGGGGCCACUGACCGAGACCUUCAACAGCCUCGCGACGACUGCGUUGAAUCGUAGAGCACUCGCCGGCAGGACGACCUAAAAUCUGUGCCGAGGAGGUUGCCGAGUCCCACCAGCCUCACCACCGCGUAACUACCUCCAAUGACGGCCGUAGCUUCUUCGUUCCAGCCUGCGACUACCAAACUAGGAUGGACUGAAGAGAUCAGGAUGUUUGGUCCCCGCAAAAACCUCUCUCGCCAGAACUCGAGCUCCAGCAUAGCUUCGACCGCAUCCUCCACGUCCACCAUAUCUGCCACAUCUACACAAUCAAACGGCGCCGUACAGCCAGUAUCAGAUACAAACAAUUGGGCCGCGCGAAAGAAACCCACGCGUGGGCUGUGGCCGCCUGGCAAAUCAGAGCCGGUGGCAGGGAUAUCGACAGCAAGACCUCAACCAGUGAGCGCAACCACUUCGGGCGCAACAGCAUCGUCUGCUAUAUCGGCACUGCACGCACCGCUGCUGCCAUCACAACAAAUGGCGAACGGGAGUGGGCAGGCGAAUGGCGUUAUGGCACGGGAGCAGGUGCAGCAGAUGCCGCCUGCCACUCUGCACCUGUCUCCCAUGAACGGCACUUUCGAGCGCAAGACUAUCACUGUACCUUAUGCGCCAGACUGCAUGCGCAUUGGAAGACAGACCAACCAGAAGACGGUACCAUCACCGGUGAAUGGCUACUUCGAUUCGAAAGUCUUGUCGCGACAGCAUGCAGAAAUCUACGCCGAUCGACAGGGCCGUAUCUUCAUUCGCGAUGUCAAAUCGAGCAAUGGCACAUUCGUCAAUGGCAUGCGGCUCAGUCAAGAGAACAAGGAGUCGGAACCGCGUGAAUUGCGGGAGCAUGAUGUCCUGGAACUCGGCAUUGACAUUGUCUCCGAAGAUCAAAAGACGGUGGUUCAUCACAAAGUUGCUGCCAAGGUCGAAAGUGCUGGAGUCUACCCCGAUAACGGUGGCGCGCUGAACUUCGGCGAUCUGGACCCGAGUGGUGGGCAGGGCUUCCAGCAACAAUUUGGACGAAGAGGCAGUCAGGGAUCUGUCCACUCUCGAGUGGCCGCGAACCCUGCGAUAAGCCAAGCCGCCAUGGGCAUGGGACUUGUCAAUCAGCCGCAACACAUGAGGAAUUGGCUGAACCCAAUCACAACCGAGCACAUCGUUCGCAAGCUCAACUACGAGAUGAAACUCGCCAUGCAGCAAUCGCAAGAAAUUGCGCGAGCAAGACAAGCCAUCGAGAACAUGCUUGGUGGCAAACUCGAGGCUCCGGCUAUGGAAAAGCCAAAAUCGAACUCCGAGAAAGCACGGCCAUCGCCUACCAAAUCGAAGCUCGAUCUCAAGGCGCACUUUUCAGAACCACCGGCACCACCGCCACAGGCGCCGCUUCCAGAGAAACCUGAUGUCGCGCGAGCACUUGCCGACCCGUUGAUUCAGCCGUUGCUGCGAAGGAGUGACACAGCCAGGCCGUCAUCUUCAAGUAGUUCGCCAACCCGGAACGAUCACUCUAGCGACAUUCUACGACUGUGCGAGGAGCUCAAAUCGGCAAAGGGCGAGCUCAGCAACCAGAGCGAGCGCAUGAAGUCGCUUGAAAACGAACUUGCCCAAGAACGCUUGGCACGUGAAAGCGCCGAGGAGAGGGCGCAGCGAUUGGAGCAAGCUGAUCGACGAGAUUCACCGACCAACGACGGCCACCCCAGCGCAGAUAAUAGUCCAAGCACGUCUACAAGGCCGACGGAUGUCAUCAGUGAUCCAGCACCUGAAGUGCAGAUCCAGCUCGAUCGCCUGCGGACUCAGAUGGACGAGAUGAAGCAACAAAUGGAAGCAUACCGUCAGCGUGCCGAGAAGGCAGAGUCCGAGAGAGACGAGGCUAAACAGACACUGGCAGAAAUGGUCGAGGAGAAGCGGAGACAGAACGCUGAGCAGGCUAGCGAGAAGAGCAUUUCGUUGACCAAAGCGCAAAGUUCACCGGCAAAGUCCUUGCGCCAACCUGAUGGACUAUCAAUCGAGUCCAAUGGGCAUAUACUCCCGCCUGCGUCGAGCUCCAAUCCGACUCCUAGCAAUCUGCUCCAACGCGCUGGAGUUGAAGAAGGCCGACCUAUCACACCCGAGCAAGCCAAGAUGUUAACGCAAUUCCUAGCACGAGAAGUGAUCGGGUCAGAUCCUUCCAACAUUGGUGCUCGCGAUAUGGACAAAGCUUUACUCUAUUAUGGAGUGCCAUAUGGGAGUUUUGCAGCGGUUGUCAUCGUCGGUUUUAUUGCUAUGAACUGGAUAAAUGGCUGGCCGAAGAUUGAGCGAUGAAGGCGAAACGUCUAAAAUGAAGCCAUACGCAUUGAUCGAAAACAUGCCACCGUCACCCACUGCCAACAAUCGUGAAGUGAGGGAGUCCGCGCCGGCCUCAACGAGAGCUACCGUGGCGAUGAGAUAGUGCCAUGUCCCGGUCCUCGUACUCCCGGAUCGAAAAGGAGUCAAAGCUCGUACAUGUUGCCAAGGAUACCGCAGGCGUGUAACGCCUGGUCUAUCCUUGCGUCGCGUGAGCUCUGGUCUGGGCCGAAAGAAGAUCGAUGAGGUCUGAGCGGUGCUCAUUUGCGUUUCAGAGAGGAAGCAGAACGUACGACGUGCUCCGAGAGUACUGAGCAUUGCCUUUAUGCAACUGUGCGUUAAGCGCACACCGAGCCGGCACGCCAUGUCGGCAACUAUGCAUGUCGACAUCAUCGAAAAAAAAGCUCUCCAGAGAGCGUUGCGUCCAGCUUUGAAAGUGCAGCAAUGGGAUGGAAAAGCAUCGUUUAACAGGGAAACCAUCACCAUCAAACGCGUUGCGGACCCCAUCGGCGCAGAUGAUCAGGAACUUGUCAGCCUACCGGAUUGAACUUGAAAGAGCCUGGUGCUGCCACAUCUCUUUUCUUGCUUCGACUACUUUUCUUGUUGGCGAGCAGUGAUGAGACAGGGAGGAACAGGACCUUGUCACACGGGGAAUUAAGAGAAAACAACAAGAAGGAUUUCUAAAGCUGAAUCGGCAGCUACAGGCUGGCCGCUAUCAUUUCGAGACCAGGACAACACUCGUUGCGCAUUUCCUUGGUGUUCACUUCCGGCGCUUCUUUAACAUGGAAAAUGAGGUGCAGUCUUGGUGGGAAUUGGAAUGGAGCACGGCUGGAGACACAAAAGAAGCUGCCCAGCAGCGAAUGGACGGAUGGACGGAUGGGCACACCACAAUCAUUGCAUUGGAGUUCUUUUUUUCCUUUGAACACAUUUGGUCUCCUAGCUUUGGAUUUUGGGACCUUCGAGGAAGGAAGGCGCUUUUUACCUAGCUUUCUUGCUUCUUUUGCUCUCUGUAUAUACAUAAUCAUUAGCCGCGGAGUACGGGCGUACUGGCACUGUAGUAUCGACUGAGGCAAGUCGCCUGUGCGAAUAAAUGAAACUUCAACGAA